AGCCUCUAUGUCCCCACUGGAGUUGUUAGCUCACGUCUGCACCAAUGGCCGUGUGAGCGUGCAGCUGUUGUGAUGAAGAGUUUAGAGAGUCCAUUACUGGGUUAACAGAGGCAGUGAUAUGUGUUGCCCCUCGUGAAGCGCUUGCCUGGCUUGACGCCAGUUUAGACUCAACAUGCUGCAUUCAAUUAAACUACCAUGCGGAGGGUCACAAAGGCUGUGCGGGUUUUAAGAUGUUCUUCGAAUCAGCUCCGCUCCCCGCCUGAGCUGCCUGUGGUUUUGAACCUUUUGGGAUAUCCAUGGAUUGUAGGCUGUUCCUGGCACUGUGGUGCAGUGCUCUAGUGCAGCUAUCGACGGCUCAGCUGGGGGAGGUGAAGAUUCUCUUUACUCCCAGGCUGUGUAAACUGCACUGUGAGGCUGGCCGCUGCAUCACCCACUGUGUAACUGGUAACCUGACCACCGUCUACAGCCACUCUGGCCCCACGGACACCGAGAGAGCGGGCUACCGAGCGUUUCUCUGCCCAGUGAGAUGCCAGAAUGGUGGGGUGUGCGUGCGCCGAGACCAUUGUCGCUGCCCGCCCGGCUUCACGGGGAGACUGUGCCACAUCGCCACCGAUUCGACCAACAACCAAGUCCUCAGCAGCCUCCCAACCAAGAGGCCAGGCUCAGCGCCCAAUGGCAGGAUACAAAGCAUCUACACUCUGCCUCUGUCUAACCAGCGACGGCAAGCACAAAGUCAACAGGUGCCAUCGAUUGUUGAUCUACGGGUCAACCACCCACCUGAGGUGCAGGUGAAGGUGCAUCAGGUCGCGCAGGUGGAUGGAGGAAGGAACAGCUUCUCAGCUCAGCAAGACACUGCACGAGGGGGGACUUUCCAGAGGGAUCCUCAAGAUGAGGCAACGCAAGAACAACUGAGACCGCUCGCCUCCACUCCCCCAUCGGGCGGUGACUAUCCCUUUGGUUAUUGCUUCACUGAGAUCACAAACGGACAGUGUGCCACACCAUUGACCGGUCUCCGCACCAGGGACCACUGCUGUCGAGGAGGGGGCGCGGGCUGGGGAGUGUCGGAGUGCACCGUGUGUCCACAUUCUCCAGAAAAUGACUGCCCGAGAGGAUUCCAGAAAAUGGCAGAUGGCGAAUGUCAAGACAUCGACGAGUGUGGCUUGCCAAGGAUCUGCCAGGACGGCAAGUGUGUGAACAUAAAGGGCAGUUAUAGAUGUACCUGUAACGCUGGCUUUGUGCAAGACACCUCAAAGAGUCGCUGCAUCUCGCACCAGGUGAUAUCGUUGACCAGAGGGCCGUGUUACCGCAUCUACAGGGGCGGUUCCUGCUCUCUGCCCGUGGUCCAGAACAUCACCAAGCAGAUCUGCUGCUGUAGUCGUGUGGGCAAGGCCUGGGGUCCGAGCUGCCAAAGAUGCCCGGCGGCUGGCACAGGUGCAUUCAGGGAAGUUUGCCCAGCUGGCCCCGGCUACCACUACACCAGGUCUGAUCUCCGACUCCCCAACCGGGGCACCGGGAGCCUCGGCCAACACCGGCCGCGGGUGGAGAGAGUGCGCCCCAGCACCACCCUGGCACCGAUCGUUCAACACACAGCGGCUCCCAGGUUGCGGGAGAUGGCAACUGUGGCCAGGAUUCCAGCCACCACCACUGUCCCACCUUACACCACACGUCCAGCACCUGAGCUACACAUCUGCCUGCGCGUGCCACACGUGUGUGGACCGGGACACUGCGUGGCACGGCAGCGGAGCCACACGUGUGUGUGUAACAUUGGGUUCCAGCUCAAUGCAGAGCGGUCGCGGUGUGUGGAUGCGGAUGAAUGUGGACAACAGCCUGCGCUCUGCCCCAACGCGCGGUGUGAGAACAGCGUUGGGAGUUACCGCUGUGUGUGUUCCCGAGGUUUCGCCUCCAAUUCCCACGGCACAGAUUGUAUCGAUACGGAUGAGUGUUCGGAUGAAUCCACCUGCCCCAACUCGGAGUGUGUGAACACCAUUGGCUCCUUCCACUGCCUACCCUGCCCAGCUGGCUAUCAGGUUCACCACCGCAAGUGUGCAGACGUGGACGAGUGUGCGGGGGGUGCGGCGUGUGGAGCUGCGGGUGUGUGCGUCAACACCGAGGGAUCGUACCAGUGCAGCUGUCACCACGGAUACCGGCUCAGUGUCGACGGCAAACAGUGUGCAGAUAUCAACGAGUGUUUUGAGGGUGAUUUCUGUGCCCCGUAUGGAGAGUGUUUGAACAGCCCAGGUUCCUACACCUGCCUUUGUGCUGAAGGAUUUACCACCUCUGCCGAUCUCUCCACUUGCUUGGAUGUUAAUGAGUGUACCACGACUAGCCUCUGCACCAAGGGCCGCUGCACAAACACCGUUGGCUCCUUCGAAUGCUCCUGUGAGCCUGGAUUCGCAGUAGAUGCUGAUCAGUCGCAGUGUGUGGAUCGUGACGAGUGUGUGGAAUAUCCCAGUAUCUGCGGCUCCAAACGGUGUGAGAACAGCCCUGGAUCCUUCCAGUGUAUCACGGAGUGUGGUGUGGGAUUCCAGCUCAGCCCAGACCAGGAAUGUAGCGAUCGUGACGAGUGUGUGGAAUAUCCCAGUAUCUGUGGCUCCAAACGGUGUGAGAACAGCCCUGGAUCCUUCCAGUGCAUCACAGAGUGUGGUGUGGGAUUCCAGCUCAGCCCAGACCAGGAAUGUAGCGAUAUAGAUGAAUGCACCAACGCCACCAUCUGUGGAACGAACGCCUACUGCCAGAACGUGGCGGGAUCGUUUCGGUGUCACUGCGACCGACAUUACCGGAUCGCUCCAGACGGCUCCGCGUGUGUGGAUCGUGACGAGUGUGUGGAAUAUCCCAGUAUCUGUGGCUCCAAACGGUGUGAGAACAGCCCUGGACCCACAGAUAUAGAUGAAUGCACCAACGCCACCAUCUGUGGAACGAACGCCUACUGCCAGAACGUGGCGGGAUCGUUUCGGUGUCACUGCGACCGACAUUACCGGAUCGCUCCAGACGGCUCCGGGUGUGUGGAUCGUGACGAGUGUGUGGAAUAUCCCAGUAUCUGUGGCUCCAAACGGUGUGAGAACAGCCCUGGAUCCUUCCAGUGCAUCACAGAGUGUGGUGUGGGAUUCCAGCUCAGCCCAGACCAGGAAUGUAGCGAUAUAGAUGAAUGCACCGACUCCACCAUCUGUGGAGCCAACACCUACUGCCAGAACGUGGCGGGAUCGUUCCGAUGUGUCUGUGACCAGGGUUACGGGACGGUACCAGACGGCCCGGGCUGUGUGGAUGUGAAUGAGUGUGAGCUGAUGGAGGCGGUGUGCGGCUCAGCGGCGUGUGAGAAUGUGCCUGGUUCAUUCUUCUGUAUCUGCCCGGGCGACAAGGAAGAAUUUGAACCGCUCACGGGGCGGUGUGUCGGUCAGGAGAGGCACGCAGAGACAGCCACGAGGGAUCAGACUGAAUGUUACUACAAUCUGAAUGACGUGCAGCGGUGCCAGAACGUCCUGAGCAGCAACGUGUCGAUGCAGGCGUGCUGUUGUACUGUGGGAGAAGGAUGGGGCAGGGAAUGCAACAUCAACCCCUGUCCUGCCUACGACUCUGAUGACUAUCAGUCGCUGUGCCCAGGGGGGAGAGGACUGCUCACCGUUCCCCACCCAACGUUCGGAAGAGGCUACAUAGACGCUGAUGAAUGCUCGCUGUUCGGCUCGGAGGUUUGCAAGGACGGUGUGUGUGUGAACACUGUCCCUGGAUACUCCUGCUACUGCCCGGCCGGCCAUUACUAUCACUCCGUUCUCCUCCACUGCAUCGCAGAUGUCCACAUGGCCCUGUGUUGGCAGGAGGUGGACUUCAUGUUCCUGUGCAGACGGCCGUUGCUGGAGCGACAGACCACCUACACGGAGUGUUGCUGUCAGUACGGAGAGGCCUGGGGCAUAGAGUGUGCCCUCUGCCCCCUGCGGGAUACAGAUGAGCACGCUGCACUGUGCUACAUGAGAGGGGGUGUGGAGGACGAGGACUCCUACCCCUACCCCCUGGGCUAUGAACCUUACGGAGCGGCGCCGCGGCCCGAGUUACCCCUGGACCCCCGGGACUACGGGGGCUUCGGGCCGGUGGAACCGCCGCCGUUCCUGGUCGCUGAGCCGCGGAGGAGCCGCAGUGACCACGGCUCGUCCCGGCCACGGCUCCGGCCACGGCCCUGGUCAGCGCCCGCCGGCCACAGCUCACGGACUGUCCGCUACAGCCUGGCCGGGCAGCCGCUCCCGGACACCCCACACCCCCGCCCACUGCCGGACAGCCGGCUCCAGCCCCGGAGAAACAGCGGGCGGCACGACCGCCGGUCACGGCUCCCCGCUGUGCGGGCGGAUGAGUGCGGGGUUCUGAGCGGCUGCGAGAACGGUCGCUGUAUCCGAGUCCCCGCCGGCUUCACCUGUGACUGUGACCCCGGCUACACACUGCACAUCGCCAGGAUGACCUGUGUCGACAUAGAUGAGUGUGAUGAAGCAGAGGACGGCAGCACGCGGUGCAUCAACGGCAGGUGUGUGAACACUGGCGGUUCGUAUCGAUGCACCUGCCCACAGGGCUAUGUCUUGUCACAGCCAGCCCACCACUGCACACCUGCCCAGAGUAGAGUCACAGCAGCAGGCCUGUGAACCCAGAGAUCCAGCUGCAAUCAGCUCCGUGUUUCACAGACGGGGCGCAGUGUCGAACGAUCAGCACCGGAGGUAUUUAUUUCAUGCUAUUUAAUUGAUGAUGGAGAGAGACGGGGGGAGCCCAGCCUAUAACAUGAAAGCACUCCAGCCUUUCACUAGGAUUGGCCACAUCUUCAGUUCUGCAGAUCGAGGUUUACCGCUUGUAUUCAAAGGCCCAGAAUUAUUAAUAGUAUCUGGGUCUGCAGAUUGUAAACUGGAGAUCCUCCACGCAGUCCUGUGUGUGGGAAGGAACUGCAGAUGCUGGUUUACACUGAAGAUAAGACACUAAGUGCCGGAGUAACUCAGCGGGACAGGCAGCAUCUCUGGAGAGAAGGAAUGGGUGACGGUUUGACAUCAGACUAAUAAAAGAUCAGUCUGGAGAAGGGUCUCAACCCGAAACGUCACCUAUUCCUUUUCCCCAGAGAUGCUGCCUGACCCGCUGAAUUAGCUGACCCGCUGUCUGUACGGAGUUUGCACGUUCUCCCCGUGACCUGCGUGGGUUUUCUCCGGGUGCUCCGGUUUCAUCCCACACUCCC